AUGGCGGAUAACAGGGAGGCGGGACCUUCGACGGACGAAGCUAUCGUACAGGAGCCCCUCACACCUCUAACGAAAGUGCUGCUGGUUGUCGCGCUCAUAUUCCUCCUGCUCAGCUCUGUAUUCAUUGGCCUCUUCGCGGGUGCUCAGCACAAGCUGAACUCGGGACGAGGGGGUGGUGGGGGUGAUCUCAGCUCUACUCAGCUUGCCUGCUUGAGUCCGGAAUGCAUCAUACUAUCCUCUUCAAUCCUGUCGUCUCUUGAUACAUCGCAGGACCCCUGCGAGAACUUCUACGAAUAUGCUAACGGCGGUUGGUUAAAGUCGCACCCUAUCCCAUCUGACAAGGGUGCUUUUGGCAACUUCGAGGCGCUAGCUCAAGAGAACAGACGUGUUUUGCAGCAAAUUCUGUCUUCAGAGUCCUCCUAUUCGUCUACGUCCUAUGACCAGCAAAUCUUGAAGAAAUUACGCGAGUUCUACAACUCAUGCAUGGAUGAAAGCAAGCUGGCCGAGCUUGGUACCGAACCUCUGGCGUCUGUUACUAGUCGUGUUCGUAGGUUGCUGAAGAGCGAGACCACUGUUGUCGAUACUACUGUCAAGGAGAAACACAGCAACAAGAAUGGAUUAACUGCUGCCAUUGCCUAUCUGCACUCUAGAGGCAUCGAUGGCCUGUUCUCAGUGGACAUUGAAGGGGAUGUGGGUGCUGACCCAAACUUCAUGACAUUCUGGUUCAGUCAACCAGAGCUUGGCCUCCCCUCAAAGGAAUAUUACGACGAAGAAUCAAUUGUCGAGCUCUACCAGUCGGUCCUUCAGCGUUUGGUGCUGACUCUUGCUGACGAGGAAGAACUGCUGGGAGUGCGGUCCGAGUUGCCUCCCACGGCUCUGACUGUUCCUGAAGAACGUCUUCGAGUCUGGCCCCCAUGGCCGUGGCCGCCUUGGGGUGGUGACGAUGAUGAUGGCGGUGAUGACGAUGAGACCGAGCCUAUGACCCCUGCCAAAGCAAGCAAACUAGCGUGGAAGAUUAUCGACUUGGAGAAGGCUAUAGCGAAUGCAAGCUUAGACCUCGACAUUUUGUACCAGGAUCCAAUUGCAACGUACAAUCCCGCUCCCUUGGAGGAUCUUACAACUGCUCUACCGGAGAUCAAGUUCCCGGAAUAUUUCGCAGCCUUCACUCCGCGCAACUUCCCUUCCAACGUUAUCCUCACGUCGACCACUUACCCUAGUUCGCUAUCUGCUAUUCUGAAUGCAACGACGUCUGAGACACUAGAAGCGUAUCUGGUGACGCGUGCAGGCCUCGCUCUUGCGCCUCUGCUCAGCCUUGAGACCGAGGCGUGGAAAGCGGUCCGCAAUCUGCAAGAGGUGCUCCAAGGGUUAAAGAAGGGUGCCGUGGGGGAUCGUGCUGAGUUCUGCACCACUCAAGUGGAACAGGCUAUGGGUUUCGCAACUGGGCGUUACUUUGUGAACGAGACAUUCGCCGGCGACUCCAAGGAGAAGGGGACGAAGAUCAUCAAGGAUAUCGUUCAGACAUUUAAGAAGUCCUUGUCACAUAUUGAGUGGAUGGACAAGAAGAGUGCUGCCGCCGCGGGUGAGAAGGCUGAUGCUAUCAGAAUCAAAGUCGGGUACCCCGUUUCCCCGGACACUCUUGAUCCCCGUUCCAUCGCCAUUUAUUACACCCGAGUCAAUAUACAUGAGGGCACGUUCUUUGAUAAUAUACUUAGUGCGAGCGCGAACGAUGAGUACCUCAAGUGGCAAAAGCUGGGCAAGCAGCGUGAUCCAGAGGCCUGGGAGAUGUUUCCAUCGACUGUCAAUGCAUACUUCAACCCUCCGGCAAACGAGAUCGUCUUCCCUGCGGGUAUAUUGCAACCACCAUUCUUCUCUCGAGAUUGGCCAGGCUAUAUGUCAUAUGGCUCAUUCGGACAAGUUGCGUCACACGAAUUGACGCAUGCCUUUGACUCGGCUGGUAGAUUAUACAAUCAGCAAGGCAAGCUUGAGCAGUGGUGGACGAAUGCAACCAGCGAAGGGUUCCAGAAGAGACAGGAUUGUAUCGUGAAGCAGUAUUCAGAGUACACUAUCGAUGACGGUAAAGGUGGCAAGAUUCACGUGAAUGUGCGUGCUACUUCAACGUCAGGGGAGAAUAUUGGGGACACUGGAAUCAUCCAAGCGUAUCGUGCCUGGAAAGCACAAUACGAUACUGGCUUCGAGAGCGGUACCGAAUACCUUCUCCCUGGUCUCAACUACACUAGGGAGCAGCUGUUCUUCAUCUCUUUCGCCCGUGCAUGGGCAAGGAACAUGAGGACUCAAUCGGCUGUCGCCCGUGUGCGCACUGACCCUCACUCACCAAAUCAAUACCGAGUUGACGGAACUCUGUUCAAUGUUCCCGAAUUCGCUGAAGCAUUCCAGUGUUCUCCUAAAUCAAAGUUGAAUCCGCCUCAGGAAAAGAGAUGCUUAUUCUGGUAA